AUGUAUCUCGACCAAGACUUCGUCGUCGAGCUCCUCUCCAAGACGACUCACGUCCCGCUCCCCGAGCCCACCUCUGCAAAGCCGACACCAUUGCCCACCGUCGUUCCUACUGUUCCGCGCGUUACUUUUGAGACUCUUCACGACACUGGAAAGAGGACACUAUGGGUGGUCGUCGUUGUCAUGGCAUUGUCAUCCCUGGCAUUCUACGUCCAGGCUGCUAGAGUUCCAGUACAAAAGCGAUUGUUCCACGUCUUGACGUCGUUCAUUACCACUUUUGCAUUCCUUUCGUACUUUGCCAUGGCCACUGGUGAUGGUAUUGGUUUCCACCAGACAAUUAUCCGCGAGCAUCUUAAGGAGACUGGUCAACACGUUGUCAAGCACGUCAUCAACCGUCAGGUCUUUUGGGCUCGAUAUGUCGACUGGACUCUGACCACUCCCCUUCUGCUCCUCGAUCUGAGCUUGUUGGCCGGUCUCAACGGUGCCAGCAUUCUGGUUGCCGUCGUAGCUGAUGUGAUCAUGGUCCUCACUGGUCUUUUUGCCGCCUUUAGCAACACUGAUGGUCAGAAGUGGGGAUGGUACGCCAUUGCCUGCAUCGCCUACCUGGUCAUUGUCUACCAGUUGGCUCAGAAUGGCAGACGUACUGUUGCCACCAAGGACAACAAGACCCGUGCCUUCUACUCCUCCAUUGGGGCAUUUACCCUCCUUCUCUGGACCUUGUACCCAAUUAUCUGGGGUGUCGCCGAUGGUGCCCGCAUUGUCGGUGUUGAUGGCGAGAUUGUCGCCUACGCCGUGCUGGACAUUCUCGCCAAGCCUGUCUUUGGCUUCUGGCUGUUGACUACCCACGACAAGAUGAGCCAGACGACGCCUACCGUCGAUGGUUUCUGGGCUUCUGGUGCCCCCACUGAGGGUACCCUGCGUGUUGGCGAUGAUGACUAA